AUGGCAGCCAUGCGCGUGAUGCUUGCGGCCUUCAUGGUCGCAGGUGCUGAGGCAGGAGCUUGCACUCCCGUGGACUCUUGUCCAAAACUUUCUGACGGCCUCUAUUGUCCUGUCAACGAUGUCACGGAACACGCUGACAUCAAUCGGGACGUGAAGCUGAUCAAGGAGUACUUGGCUGAGACCCCCUUGAACUACGCAAUGGCCAAGCAGGUUUACACCGCCGGCAACUUCUCUUCCAAAGGGCUGGGGAACAUGCGAACUCUGCAAGACCUGGCGCAGAAGGACAUGACCGUGGAUGGAAAGUACACCAACGUUUUCUACAGCGGUGCCGUCAGCUUGUAUGGCUCAACGAAUGCUGUAUGGCACGACUACAUUAUCGCGUGCUUGGACGGGACAGGCGUGUGCGAGGGGAAGACGGACUCGUUCCGGCAGUACGUCAUCAACAAAGGACUCAUUGGAGUUGUCACGGCCUACGCCACCUACGAGUUCGGUGCAGCUGUUUGGAAGGGUGACAAUGGUGAGACGGCGGACACUCAAGCAGCCUAUGCUUGGGACGAAGGUGCUGCCUUCUACAUCGGCAAUAUCGAUCCAGUGAUUGGCGAUGGCUACACGGGCUCUGCCCCCGGCAACCUCUACUCGCCCUACGAGUUCAACUGGAAGCGCGACAUCGACUUUCCUGAUGGCACCUCGACACACACGGAGGCCGUCCCGAUUCUGAACUACGGCCUCAUCAACCUGCGUGGAGAUGCCUACAAUGCUACCAAUGUGAAAGCAGCAGAGGUAGCCAUGUACAAGAUCUUCUCCAUUGCCGCCAUCCGAAGCGCCAUUAAGUACGCCUGGAAGGCUUACAAUGGUGGCACUAUGGAGCCAAAGUAUCUCGCCGAGGGCUGGGCCUACUGGAGGAGUGCCUCCGGUUACAUGUCCACCUUCAAUGCCACCACCGUGCAGGCGGUGGAUGCGCUUUUUGAUCUAAACUUAACAACCGUACCGGAGAGCACGGCCUGCUCUGUGAAGACGCUGGUGGAGUCUCUGUACCCAGACCUCGGCAUCACCUGCGCUAUGGUGGGCACGUGGAAGGAUGCAGCAACUGGCAGCUGUUUGGCCUCCCUGUGUGACGACACAGGAAACACGGCCACAUUGCUGAGCAGUGCCCACAACUACACAGACGACAAGCGUGUACAGUGUGCAUUUCCACUAGUGGGUGGCGUAAUCCUUUUUGUUCCGGUCUUGCAGGUGCUGGGAAACAUUCGGCGCAAUGCCACCAUGGGUGUGUCGCCGUGGCGGGUGGGGCAGAAUUGCUUGGUAGGAGCCCCAGAAGGGCAGCAGUGCCAGCCGAUCCCGGGCACAGCCUUGCCCUGCAUUCUCGCCACGGGGCAGAGUCACAUUGCUCGCAGAAUCUCGCAGAUGCCCGCAGUCAACGUUAAGAUCUCCGAUGCUUCAACCGUUGCAAGGCUCAAGUUUCAGCACGUUGGGACUUUCAACUUAGCAGUUCUUAACCUCGCAAGCAUGCUUCGUGCGCUGCUGCUGGGAGCGUCGUCUCUGUGGCUUUGCCAUGCUAUGCCAAAUACCACGGGCAAGAUUUGCCAGUGGGGCUGCUAUGAUGAAGAGGACGAAGCUUGCCACGCAGGGCUUACCAACAUGGCUUGUGCUGAGAUCUACGGGCAUCUUGUCGUUGUGAAUGCUUGUGGCAUCUUGCACGUGGAGUGGAUCCAGGUGUGCGACUGCGUUGACGAGGCGACGGGCCUGCGUGAUAACAUCACGGUCGCAGCACCGAGGCUGGCACCCGCAAAUCUGUACUUUUCGGUGCCUGCCUUCGUCGUCCUCUUCCGUGAGAGCCUGGAGGUCGUGAUUGUCCUAGCCAUCAUCAUGCAAUUCCUGACCAAGAUGAAGAACGACGGCCUCCUUGAGGUGGGUCUCUUCUACAAGUUCCGCCGCGAGGUCUACCUCGGAGCCUCCUUGGGCUUUGCUCUUUGCCUGCUCUUCGGUGUGGGCUUCCUGGCUCUGGCAUCCUUGACCUACCAGCUUUUUGAUGGCGAUAACGAGCGCAUCUUCCAGUUCUGCAUGAUGAGCCUCACUUGCAUCGUGCUGACCUUCCUCGCAGUGAAUUUCUACAAGAUGAUCUACUCCAAGGAGGCCCACGAGCGGAAGAUGAAGCGUCAGAUGGAGGAGACACUCGAAGCGACCCAGGCGGCUACAGAUGGGGGGGAGGUGGCUUUUGGCAAGAAGCAUGCCUUCUUUGUCUUGGCCUUCACCACGGGUCUUCGCGAGGGCUUAGAGUCCAUCGUGUUCCUCGUGGGCGUCAUCUCGGACGUUAAGGAUCUCAGUGCCUUGCCCCUGCCGAUCAUCAGCGCCCUGGUCUUGGCACGGCUUGUCGGGUGCUGUUUCUUCCAGGGAACAAAGGGUCUGAAAGUGGACUGGUUCAUGCGGGUUUCGGCUGUAUUGCUCAUGUGUAUCGCGGCCGGCUUCUUCUCGGCAUCCAUGCACCAGCUCCAGGAGCUGGAUGUUUUCGGCACAUGGAGUCCAAGAUCCGAGCGGCCCUGGCAGAACGUGAAUGUUUGGGAUGCCACCGUGUGCUGCAACGAUAAGACGAAUCGAUUCUUCGUCCUGAUGAGGGCUCUCUUCGGUUGGCAGGAUCAGGCAACACCUAUCGAGAUUAUCGCCUACAUCUUGUACUGGGUCGUGGCGACCAUUAUCGUCAGCCUCAUGGUGUGGCACGCUAAGAAAAAGAUGCAGAAGAUGGUCGAGAAAUGGCGCUUGGAAGAUGAGGCCUUGAAGACCGCCCGUGAGGAAGAGCCCACGACCAUCGGCCUUCAAGCCGAGAAGGAUGAGAAGCUCGAGUGUUGA